AUGGUUAAUAUGGACGCAGUACGGGCUUAUCUUGCUGCAACAUUUCCGACACUGCCUUCUGAAAUAAAGGACUAUGUUUCUUGUAUUCUCGAGGCCAAUGUGAAUAAACUACUGACUCUUGAAGACGUCGUGGAAGCAGUUGGUGCACACAUUCAGAGCCAUGUUCAAGGGUCAUGUAACGACCUACUUAAUCGAACGUGUUUACAACUCCUACGUUUACUUCAUGGAGAGAAUUCCUCAAAGGUUGAGAAACAUCCAGUGACCACCGAAAAACUGGACCAGGGUGUGGAUAUGGCUGCGGAGAACCAAAGUUCCGCUGGAAUGGAGAGGGUGUCGAAGGUGCAAGCUAUGGAUGUGCCGACGACAGCGAACAAGGAGGAAUUGGGAAAGGUUGGUGUCCGUGCGGAACAGAAAAUCGAGCAGCGUUUCGCCGAAGCUGUUGCGCAAACGAAGGAGCCCAGGAGCUCAGCGACCUCUUCUCAGAUAUGGCUCCAAGAGCGGCAAGAAGAGAGACGAACAUCAUUUUAUACGCGAAGCAGUGUUAAAAGUAAAGGCAUCAUCAGGCUAAGAUGCAAUAGAGCUGGGAAAUACACAAAGAGCACUGAAACUCGUGUCACACAUUCGAAAAGGGAUGUGCUACAUUGCUCAUGUUUUAUGGACGUAAAACUGGAAGACGAUGGACGCGUGAAUGUAAAAGGUUGUUUUGGCCAUAUUGGUCACAAAGUCGAUGUUGCCCUCUUACGCUUAACGCCAUCUCAACAAAUUUUUCUGAGAGGAUUGCUGGAAGAGUUUUCCCACGACUACAUUAUAAAGCGACUCAGGAAGGAUUAUCCGACUUCAAGAUUAGGGUUUGUGAAUAAAAGCGAUCUUUGGAGUAUCGUAAAUAAAUAUGGAUUGCGACCGGGUUAUCGCCAUAAGGACGACAUGCAAUCAUUGAAAAUACGAGAGGAAGAAAACAAUCCCAACGAUGGAAUCCGGAUCUUUGAAAUGCCUGAGAACCCCACGGGAAGAGGCUUUUGCAUAAUAAUAAUCACUCCUGAACAAGUCAAAUGGCUGAGAGAUUUUUCAAACCGCGGAGUUUCGAUCGAUGAUAUCCAUAAUGCAACUCGUUAUAACCUCAAAUUGGCAACUCUCAUGGUAUUGAAUGAACGAGACCGGGACGAUGAAUUCAUCAGAUGUGGCGAAGCUAUUCCUCGAGGUCAAAAGGUCUUUCCGGAGUUCAAUCCUGCACAAAUAGUGACUGACGAGGCGCCUUGUUUUUUUAAUGGCUUCCACUCUGUAUUUCCGGACUCACACGCGCAGUUGCACUAUUGUCGAUGGCACAUAGGAAAAACAUGGGAAAGGAGUGCAAACAAAUAUGUGGAACUUCGAGUACGAACGAGAGUGAAAAGGAUGAUGAAGGACCUCUUAAUCAUAAGGGAUUUGUCUUCGUUUCAACAUCGUUUUGCUGAACUCCUUGUAUACCUGAGGGAAGAGGGUAGGACCCCAACGUGGGGAUCGUUUUCCAAUCCGAACGCGAUUAUGGAUACGACCAUGAUCAGCGAACACUGGCAUCUUCGCCUAAAAUCGGAGUUCCUGAAUAGAAACGCUAAUAGCCGUGCCGAUUAUUUAGUCGAUCUUCUAAUAAGAGCCGUGGAGGAGUUAUCACAGUCGGAUCAGCUGAAGCGCAGUGUACGUCAAUGUGUUGUUAAGGCUCGUCGACGGUUAGCUAACUCUUCUUAUCGCAGCCAACAAAGCGCUAUUUGUCAUCGAUUAGCUCUAAAGAAGUUCCGUGGUCAUUCCGAAAAGAUCAAGCGACUGGGGAAUGAAAAGUGGGAAGUGUAUUCGAAGUCUGCAGAAAUUUUUGUGGUGCGGCGUAUCCGCGACUGCGAAUGUAACGAUGCCGAAAACGAAAAUGUCCAUUGUCCCCUAUGUGGAAUAUGCCCUUACUCGUGGUCCUGUUCUUGUAAGGACAACCGCGCAGGUAUAAGUUGUGUGCAUAGGCACGCAAUCAUGUUGUUCCACCAGCUCACCAAUAAACGGACGCCUCUUCGGACCCUCCAAACGGAUGCCUUUCCGGACCCUCCACCUCACGAGGAAGCUGGCCCUCAGGAAGGUUCUAAAAGAGUUUCGGUGUCUCCUCCAGUUGAAGUUGACGGCGCUCAGGUGCGAAAAGAAGAACGAAGUCAGUUGCGGGACUCCAUUAACAUGAAGCUGGCUGUACUUCACACAAAAGUGAAUGCUUUGGUCAACACUGAUACGGACGAGGCAAAAGAAAUGCUGUCUACAAUAGAAAAUUUGAUAGACAGGGCCUCGAAGACCGGACAGAUAACUACUCCAGGGAUAGCAAUUCGGCCGGAGUUAACAAAGCGGGGAGCGAAACCUAAGCAAUCGAAAGUCCAACUCUACACUCGUAAGCAAGCACGUCGAGCCAGGGAUCGGUUGUCACCUGACAGUGAC